UGUCAAUCAGGAAAGAUAGGCAUCUGAUCACUACCGAUUGAUAUAAAACAAGUACCGUGUACCGGAGUGACAAUGUUCUUGUUUAACCUCGCCGUUUUGGAUUUUGGGGUUUAAUUAAUGAUAUCUGAAAAUUAAAGCGGAAACUGAAGAUUAAUCAUGGAUGUUGGAGUUUCCGUCAAACAGAAUCAUUUGUCAAAGGAAAAACGAUCAGAAUUGCUGAAGAUAUUUAAGGCGUUCGAUGAGAAUGGAGACGGGCGGGUAUCUACGUACGAAUUAGCUCGGGCGUCCAGGAAAAUGGGCGUCAACCAGACCCUGAAGGAGAUUGAAAGGGUCUUCAGAAAAAUGGAUACAGAUCGUGAAGGGUAUAUAACGUUUCCUGAACUUGAAAAACUCAUAGCAGGUAGUAGCGUUGAGAUUGAUUUCGAAGACGAAAUGUUACGUGCCAAAUUCAAUGAGUUUGAUUUGGAUGGUGAUGGCUCCAUAACAAAAAAGGAACUGAAGACUGUGCUUCGCUCCAUGGGAUGUGAGAUGCCCGAGGAAGAAGCAGAAGACAUGAUUCGAGAGGCUGACAAAAAUGGCGACGGUGUCAUAAGCUUUGAUGAAUUCAAGGAAGUUUUAACGAGUGGAAACUUCUAACCGUAAUGUGCCUUUCGACUUUGUUGACCACACUCGUGAGUGUUAUGUUGAUCACAUCGAUAUAUGAGGUAAAUGAGGGAUGACUUCAGAGCCUCAUUUCUACACAACCAGAGCCUCACCUCAACACAGCAUGACUGUCAUCCAAGAUUAUAUCGGAGUUUUUGUGAAUAGACUAAUCCUUUAGAUUUAUUUAGAUGACGGUCUUUCACCACAAACUAUCAAUCAUUAAUUUUGUAAACCCUUUCAAUUGUGUCAUCGAAUGCAUUCAUAUUACCAUAAACAUGCAUUUCUCAGUAUUUUCAUCGAACCCAUACUCUAUCGGUAAUAAUAGACGAAUUCAUUUGAACAAUUUGAUCAGGAAAUGACAAUCAUAUUGUGUUCCUUUAUCAUUCAUGUCGAACCUUCGUUCAGAGGGGGAAAAUUAACCAAUUGCUUUUAAAAUAGUUGACAUUGCUUUUAGAAUAAUUGGAUAUCGAAUUUUGAUCUUAACGACCAAAUGUUUUCGACAUUUGUUAUUGUUUCAAUAAAUUAAUGAAUUGUU